AUGGAUCCAAACAUCCAGGGAUCUUUCCUGUUCAACAACAGCCUGAACCAGUUCCCCUCCGACCUCAAGGCACCGGUGUGCCAGUAUUCGGUGCCCAACUCUUUCUACAAGCUCAACCCGGGCCUGAACAGCCAGCUGCCGCCAGGGACGCCUCACGGCAUCAGCGACAUCCUGAGCCGCUCCAUGGUCGGGGUGGGCUCCACGGGCACCACCACCCUGCUGUCCGGAUACUCCACCAUGGGGGGCUUCGGCCCCUCCGUCACCAGCACGUCCAUGUACUACAACCGAGACUACAACUCGUCCCUGGGCGGCUUCUCCAAGCCGGGCGCCGAGUGCCCCAUGAAGGCUCGCAGUGUGAGCUGCUGGGCAGAAAGCAGCUGUGAGUGGAGAGGAGGGAGGCAGCAGUGCACCAACAGCGCUGCUCCUCUCGGGGAGAUGUCCAGCAGGAAGAAACACACCAGACCAACAUUUAGUGGACAUCAGAUAUUUGCUCUGGAGAAAACCUUCGAGCAGACCAAGUACUUGGCCGGGCCUGAGAGAGCCAGACUGGCUUAUUCUCUGGGAAUGACUGAAUCACAAGUCAAGGUGUGGUUUCAGAACCGACGCACCAAGUGGAGGAAGAAGAGCGCCUCGGAGCCGAGCUCCACGCAGGCCAGCCUCGCCGGGCAGGGCGGGGAGGCCUCGGAGAACGAGGUGGAGGACGAAGAGUACAACAAGCCGCUGGAUCCCGACUCAGACGACGAUAAGAUCCGGCUGCUGCUGCGCAAACACCGCAGGGCUUUCUCCGUGCUGCGCCUGGGGCCGCACCACGUCUGAUCAUGCGCAUUAGAAAACAUGCAAACCCACUUAAUACCCGCUUCUCAGCAGACCUGCAUGCUGUAAGAGAUAUCAUUAGUUUGGAAUACGGUGAGCAUGUUCAGAAGAGAUCAGAACAGGGUUCAAUAGACGAAAAAUAAUAUGUUUACUUUUAUAAGUUACUGUAAAAAUUCUCUGAGGCCUGUUACAUUGUUACUGAGGGUCAUACUGUUCACAUACUUUUGUAAAAAUAUGAGAAAAGAUGGAAAAAUCUGCAUGAUGCCCUUGAUAACAGGAAUAAAUGUAAAAAGAGUAACCUGAAGUUCAUGUGCUUUUUGUGAUUACUAUUAAUAAUCCCAAAAUGAAACACACCUGCCAUAUGUGAAAUAGCUUCAUUAAAUUUUCAUAAACCAUCAAUAAACUCAAUAUGUUGGCUACUAUUAAAGGUAAAAAUCAAUUCUUUACACCAAAGAAUAAUAGAAAAAAAUAGGCAUCAAAUAUUCUCAGCUGUUCAAAAAACAGGACAAGUAAUUUUUAGUGAAUUUAUCUUCAAAUAAUAUAAUUUUCAAUUUUUUUCCCCGGACACGAAAUGUAACUUUCUCUUCCUUUGCAUAUAAUUUCACCACAGGUCGACACAAUCAAAUACAGCCUGUUUAAAAGACAAGAACUUGUGUUUAAGUGCAGAAACAGAUGCAUUAGCAUAAUAAAUAGUCAUGGAGAACAUGUAUAAGGAAACAUUUUCCCUUCACAUGCUAUUAUCAGUUCUAAUAUUCUACAAGUAUGAGUUGUAAUUCUGCUAAAUGCUUUAAUUGAAUGUUGACUUGAAGUUGGUUAAAAUUCAUGUCUUGUUUUUUUUUAUUGUCUUCUACUCACUUUUGAAAUAUACUGUAAAAACAUUAAGGUGUACAAUGUAAAAGGCACCUGAAACCGUACACAAUAAAUUAUUGUGAAUUAUUU